AUGAACACUUCCCGUCAGCAGGCCGUGCCACUCCCCGCUCAUGCCUCAGAAGUAUCGACUAGCACAUCAUCUCCCGCGCCGAAGAAUGCGCACACAACCUAUCCCGAUAUGUUAGGUACACCCCCGGUUCCUCCUCCGAGGACCUCUUCCACCCAUCACAGUCGCCGCAAUCCAAAUGGAACCUCUACAGAUAAAACGAGUAGCUCCCGACAAGGAAAGAGCAGGUCAGAUCGAAAAGAAGGCCGUGAUCGCACGCGCGACGACCGAAAUGGUAGAUCACGGAGACACCAGCCUGAGGAGACAUCUCGCGAAGUGCAACAAUCAAGGACCGUACCCGUCACAAACCCCACUGAGUCAGAAAUGGACAGUGUCCAUGGCCGGGGGGACUUUGUAAAGGAACCAAGUGCGGAAGUCAAUUCUGUGCUGGCCCAUGACCAUCUUAUCGACCAACAGAGAGAACAGGUGCGACCAGCUGGCUCAGAAAAUGCAUCUUCAUCCGGAUUCGGUGCAGCUACCACCGACGGUGUGGAGGAAGCUCGUGGGCCUCGGAGUCGUCACGAUUACAAUAAUGGAAACAUUAUCAAGCGCAAGGAAACCACGUUUGGCUCGUACAUUCUCGGACAAACCCUCGGCGAGGGCGAGUUUGGAAAGGUCAAGCUGGGGUGGAAGCGCGAUGGCAGUAUCCAGGUGGCAAUCAAGCUCAUCCGGAGAGACACGCUGGGGACCAACCCGAGUCGACUACCAAAAAUCUACCGUGAAAUUGCCAUUCUACGUGAGCUAGCACACCCCAACAUUGUGCGCCUCCAUGAAAUGGUGGAAACCGAUCGUCACAUUGGUAUCAUCAUGGAAUACGCGUCAGGAGGUGAACUAUUUGACUACAUCUUAAAUAAUCGAUAUCUCAAGGAUAAUUCUGCACGCCGCCUGUUUGCUCAGUUGGUUUCCGGAGUCGGUUACCUGCACAAAAAGGGCAUUGUGCACCGUGAUCUCAAGCUAGAGAACUUGCUACUCGAUCGGAAUCGCAACAUCAUCAUUACUGACUUCGGAUUCGCCAAUACCUUCGACCCGGUGGAUCCUCUAGACGAGGAAAUAGAGUACAACCUGACAAACAAAGAAUACGUGAAACGGAAGCGCCUGGACAAGAUUGGCACAAAUGGGCUAAGGCGAGGCGAUCUUAUGCAGACCAGCUGUGGUAGUCCCUGUUACGCAGCACCCGAGCUUGUCGUGAGCGAUUCUUUAUACACAGGGCGGAAGGUGGACGUCUGGAGCUGUGGUGUGAUUUUGUAUGCCAUGCUGGCGGGAUACCUACCUUUCGAUGACGACCCAGCGAACCCAGAUGGCGACAACAUCAAUCUUCUGUACAAAUAUAUUGUGACUACUCCUCUCACAUUCCCCGAAUAUGUCACACCACAUGCACGCGAUCUGUUGAGACGGAUACUGGUUCCCGAUCCUCGGAAACGUGCAGAUUUAUUCGAAGUUGCCCGCCACAGCUGGCUCAGCGAGUUCUCGAACAUUGUCUCUCAUAUCACAAGCAGCACGACCAACGUUGUGGACAUUGCGAACACAACGAUUCCGUCUGAAACCCAAAAGGAAGCGCCGCCUCUUGUCCGCAGUGCCUCAGUGCGCGAACCACAGAAGACACAUCAGACUAAUCCUCCCGCUGUUGGUGGUUUGAACCAUCACGCUGGAGAUGUUUCUCAAGACCCCCCGCCCGAAAAGUCCAGGACUCCCCGCGAUGCGAAGCGGAGGACGGUACAAGUCGAAUAUGUUGCUCCCCAAUCACAGACGACCCGAGGAGAGCCUCCGGCGGAGCCGUCUGCAUCACGCAGCCGACCCUCGGCCCCAUCGGAAGUCCAAAUUGCGGCUUCAGUGCAACAGCCCCCAGAACCGGCACACCAGCCUGCAGAUGCACCGGCACUCAAUCUCAACAAGCCACUUCCAGCACACUUCCCGCGCUCGACUUCAGACAACGUUGCACUUUCUGGGUCGCAGCCGAAUGCGAUCUCCCAAGGGCCUCGGCCAGCCACUGGUGCAUCGAUGAACUCCCUUGGAAACACUGGUCGUUUGCCUUCUCGGGGCUCCUAUGGGCAACCGGUGGCCCCCACUGUUACCGCAACUAACACAGAAGGCCGCCUAGCACAGCCCAAGAGCAGGCAAUUUGCCCUUGCACAGGAUCCUGCGCAGGCAUCGAGCACAUCUAUAGGUCGUCCAAGCACUCAGAUCCAACAAUUGCCUUCAACAUUCAAUACUACUCCUCGACAAGAACCGCCGAAGGGCCACAAGAGGUCCAAUACUGUCUCCAGCCUAGGCGAGAAGCUUUUCGGUCGUUCUGCCGGACAAGCGUUACCCCCUGUCAGCAUGAAGGAUCCUCUACCAAGAGACAACUCUAGAAUGUCUAUGGACUCCCGCCGCUCGAUGCAAUAUCCCCACAACCGCAAGACGAGCGAGGCUGGGGCGGAAAAUCGCCCUCGUCGAUUCUCAUUACUCCCGCAAUCCUUCUCAUUCCGAGGUUUCUCUAAUACCCGGGCCCAAACCCCCGAAGAAACCUCACAAGUCUCUCGUCCCAUCGAUCCCCGUUCCCCGCAACGCCCCGCCACGGGCGCGGGUCCGGCGCCAGGUCGUUCCCGGGCGACAAGCUAUGGCACCCAGGAUGCCAUGGGAAUAGUCGACGAGGGACCCGGUGAGGAUGUACACACCGAACCUGAGCCGCUUAGCUACGAGGCGCAGAUCGAUCGACAGUUUGCAGACCUGGGAUCUCAAUUUGAUCACCAAAGUGGUUCGUUUGGAGUUCCCUCGGCUGAGCAAGUGUACCUGAACUCCGCAGACCACUCUAUUCACCAAAACCACUCGUCUAAGCCAAGCUACUACGAUGAUUACAACGGCCCGUAUGACAACAUGCCUAGGCAGUCCAUGCAGGUUGGUCGAUCAGGACGUGGGCCGGGUGUUUUGCAGAAAAACCACCGCAAAUUCGCCGACGCCUACGAAUAUGAGCGCGAUGGGUCUCACCAUUCCGGCAGUUCUGGGGCAGCACGGAAAGUCAUGGACUUCUUCCGAAGACGUGCCAAGUCCCGCGCCGGUGACGACCGUUGA